AUGUCCUCCGAAUACUUGACGGAAGAGGAACACGAGAGACUCCAACGCGCGCGAAGCAUCGUGGCGGCGCUUGAGAAUAAACCGUUACUGUUGUGGCGUUUGUUCAGAGAGGCGUUGCUAAAUGGCGGCGCGUGUCGCGAUAUCGUGGAGAAGCAUGUGAUGUGUAAACUCAACGGGACGGAUCUCAAAUUCUUUUACGACGUGAAUACGGAGACGAGAAAGUUGAUUAAGAGAUCGUCUCGUGCAAGAGAUUUGAAGAAGAGUUUCAUAGUCAAAGAGAUGUCAUCAAUAUCUACGUUGGAGUUUGCGUGGGAGCAUAAAUCGUUGUGGCCGAGGUACUUGAAAGAUGAACCAUAUUUCUGCUGGCAAGUUGCUGAAACGAAUAAACUCGAGUUGCUCAAGUGGGCGCGAGAGGAGAAAGAGUGUGAGUGGGAUGAAAAUACGAUUAAUGCGGCCGCAGAACAAGGUAAUCUGGAAAUGGUAAAGUAUUGCGUUGCAAAUGAGUGUCCUGUCGAUACGAGUGCGUGUGCAUAUGCUGCCUUAAAAGGUCAUCUCGAGAUGCUCAAAUACUUACACGAAGAAGUCAAAGCGCCUUGGGAUUCGGGUACUGCCGCUUGGGCGGCUGAAAAUGGUCAUCUUCAUAUACUCGAAUAUCUUGUUGAACGUAAAUUUGAUGAAUAUGACGGAGACGGACUUUUUUGUGCGUGUAAGUUGGCAGCCGAGAACGGCCACUUAGACUGUUUGAAGUACUUGCACGAAACCGCCAAAGCGCCUUGGAACUCUGCGGCCAUACGAGUCGCUCGCGAGAAAAAUCAACCCGAAUGUUUACAAUACCUUCUCGACAACAACUGUCCUCUCCCACCAGGUUGGCGAUACGAGCACGGCGAGAUAUUGCCACGCAUUCACGGACAAGAAUAA